UACACUCCUAAACAGUGAAAGCUCAACUGAGAGGCGUCCCACACCGAAAGCCAUCUGAAUAAUCACACAAUAUCACCCCACCACAGCAUGCUGGACGGCAGACUUCAAGACAUUUGUCGGAACAGUCAGGAGACCUUCAUGUUCACAGCAGCUACAGUAUUAGCUUAAAUAUAGCAGCCUUUAAAAAUAAGCUGCAUGUGAGCAAGUCCUUAAUUAUUUACCAGAUCUGAGGUUGAAUCAGUCAAUGAAUCAGUCAUUGAGACUGAUCAAUAAUACAUUGUCAUUUUGCGCACGGUCACGCAGGGUGCAAAUUAAUAAACCUGGAUAUGGUUUAUUAAUUUAGAUGGGGUUCAGAUAAGAAGUCAGUCGGUGUGCUGUGAGAGAGAGAUACAUCGACGUUACGCUUCUUCAGACGGAGGGAGUCAGAGCGACUGCUGGUUUCGAGGCGGGAGGACACAUGGGUCGACACCACAACCUUUCAUUUUUGCUCUAAUGUGUGUGUUAAAUACGACAAGGAAUCCGAUACGAACACUUACGGGCUUUCCAGCGUCCUCUCCUGACAUUUCUGCGCGUCUGUGCUCUUCUUGGAUUUGGGGAGACGUUUCGCGUUAUGCUCAGUGCUGAAAACGGGACUGCGGACGAUAUUUUUAUUCGCGCAUUCGCGUCUCAUGUGGACUUAUUAUCAGUGAGUCGCGUGUCAAACAUCGCCGAGACAAUGCGAGUUGUUGUUUUGUUAUGAUUUGGACACGAGUGCGGUCAUUUGAGUAUUAACUUAACAUGUCGGAUUGUUUUUCGCCGUUUUGUGCGUGUUUAUCACGAAUUUUCUCCCUCCGUUAAUUCUCUGGACUGCUCCAUUCGGGCUAUUCGUUUUUAAUCUGCAUGCAUCCGCACGAAGAAGGAGAAACCGACAGAUAAACGACAGAAGGACUGAAGAAUGAAUGAGAUUCACUGAAGAACAGGAGGAAACGCAGUAAGGUUCUCCAUCAGUGAGAGGGCGUGAGGGAAGGAGUGCCCCGCAUUCAAGCGCCCGCUGACCGCACUCCCCCCACCACCCUUUGCUCCGUCCACAGCAUGGCUCUCGCUCUCUGGAUCCUCUUUACCUGCACCAUCGCCCUGAGCAACGUCAGCCCCUCUGCCCAGGCGUUAAGUCGCUCUGCAAUGCCAUUUGGUCUGAUGCGGAGGGAGUUGGCAUGCGAGGGUUACCCCAUCGAGCUCCGCUGCCCGGGAAGUGAUGUCAUCAUGAUCGAGACGGCCAACUACGGUCGCACGGAUGACAAGAUUUGUGACGCCGACCCCUUUCAGAUGGAGAAUGUACAGUGCUACCUGCCAGACGCCUUCAAGAUCAUGUCACAAAGGUGUAAUAAUCGUACCCAGUGUGUGGUGGUGGCUGGGUCUGAUGUCUUUCCUGACCCGUGUCCAGGAACCUACAAGUACCUGGAGAUCCAGUAUGAAUGUGUGCCAUACAUCUUUGUAUGUCCUGGGACUCUAUUAAGGGUGCAGGCAGCAAGUUUGCUGCAGGAGGCGGAGCAUCAGUCGGGGGCAUGGUGUAAGGAUCCCCUUCAGUCUGGUGACCGUCUUUACGUCAUGCCCUGGACUCCGUACCGCACAGACAUGCUGUACGAGUAUGCUUCAUGGGAAGACUUCAAGCAGAAUCGAGCCACGACCACUUACAAGCUGCCAAAUCGUGUGGAUGGAACAGGUUUUGUCGUGUAUGAUGGUGCUGUUUUUUACAACAAGGAACGCACACGCAACAUUGUGAAAUACGACUUGCGCACACGUAUCAAGAGUGGAGAAGCCAUAGUCAAUAAUGCCAACUAUCAUGACACCUCACCGUACCGCUGGGGGGGCAAGUCUGAUAUUGACCUUGCGGUGGAUGAAAACGGUUUAUGGGUCAUCUACGCUACCGAGGCCAACAAUGGACGACUGGUGGUCAGCCAGGUUAACCCCUACACCCUGCGCUUCGAGGGAACCUGGGAGACUAGCUUUGAUAAGCGACUGGCGUCCAAUGCUUUCAUGGCGUGUGGUGUUCUAUAUGCCGUCCGCUCUGUUUAUCAGGAUGACGACAGCGAAGCGGGUGGAGAUCUGGUGCUGUAUGCAUACAACACCAACCGGGCACGGGAGGAGCCCGUCCACAUCCCUUUCCCUAACCCCUACCAGUAUGUGUCCUCUGUGGACUACAACCCACGAGACAAUCAACUUUAUGUCUGGAAUAACUACAAUGUGCUGCGCUACCCCCUAGAGUUUGGCCCACCGGAUCCCACUGUUGGUCCACUCGUCACCACCCAGAUGAGCAGCAGCACCACCACCGCAGCAAGACCUGUCACUUCCAGCUCCAUCCCCUCAACCAUGCGACCUCUGCCCCCAACCGCACACCCGAUAGGGGCAAUCAACAAGGCACCGGACCUGCGACCUAUCACCGCCACCGUGCCUGUGACUCGCAGACCCCUGCGUGUUCCACCACAGGGCCCUGAGCUCCAGGUGUGCGAAGCCAGAGUUGCCCGAGGGGUGCAGUGGCCUGCCACCCAGAGGGGGGAGACUGUAGACAGGCCGUGCCCUAAAGGAUCACUGGGAAUCGCGUCCUUUCAGUGUCUGUCCUCUCCUGUGCUGUGGAAUCCUCGUGGCCCUGAUCUAAGUAACUGCACCUCGCCAUGGGUCAACCAGGUGGCCCAGAAGAUAAAAAGCGGAGAGAACGCUGCAAACAUCGCCGCUGAGCUGGUGAACCACACGCAGGGCCGCAUUCACGCCGGUGAUGUCAGUUCCUCUGUCAGACUCAUCGAGCAGCUAUUGGAUAUAUUAGACGCACAGCUGCAAGCACUCAGACCCGGGAAUAAGGAAUCAGCAGCCAGGAACUACAAUAAGUGGCAGAAGAGAGAGAGGACCUGCCGGGCUUAUGUUCAGGCGGUUGUGCAGACUGUAGAUAAUCUUUUGCGUGCUGAGGCUUUGGAGUCAUGGCAGGACAUGAACAGUACAGAGCAGGCGCACACCGCCACCAUGCUGCUGGACGUCAUGGAGAAAGGAGCCUUCCUGUUGGCCAAUAACAUGUACAAUAAUCACUUCUCAGACCACGCUGCCAAUGUUGAUCUAGAGGUACGCGUGUUGAACACAGAGACAGAGUCUCAGGAUCUGUCGUUCCCUCAGAACGGUCCCAGUGACAGCAGCAUCCAGCUUUCGGCUUCCACCUUCAAACAGUAUAGCCGCAACGGCCAGGUAAAAGUGGUCUUCGUGCUCUAUAAGAAUCUGGGUUCAUUCCUGUCCACUGAAAAUGCCACCGUGAAGAUGGAAAUGGAGGCGGGACCUGGUGGGCGGGGCCUGGCAGUGAAUUCACACGUCAUCGCAGCGUCGAUCAAUAAAGAGUCCAGUCGAGUGUUUCUGACCGAGCCUGUGGUGUUCACACUUAGACAUUUGCAGCUGGAGAAUCAUUUCAGCCCAAACUGUUCGUUCUGGAACUACUCUGAGCGCUCGAUGACGGGCCAGUGGUCAUCGCAGGGCUGCAGGCUGAUGGAAACCAACAGCACGCACACAACUUGUUCUUGUAGCCAUCUAACCAACUUUGCCGUGCUCAUGGUGCACCACGAACCCGAUUAUCCAGGCAGGAUGCACGAGUUGAUCCUCUUUGUGAUCACAUGGGUGGGUAUUGUCAUUUCGCUGGUGUGUCUCGCCAUCUGCAUCUCUACCUUCUGCUUCCUGCGAGGCCUUCAGACCGACCGCAACACCAUCCACAAGAACCUCUGCAUCAACCUCUUCAUCGCCGAGCUCCUCUUCCUCAUCGGCAUCGACAAGACGCAGUACCACAUUGCCUGCCCCAUUUUUGCGGGCCUGCUGCAUUUCUUCUUCCUGGCUGCGUUCUCCUGGAUGUGUCUGGAGGGAAUCCAGCUGUAUCUGAUGCUGGUGGAGGUCUUCGAGAGCGAAUACUCCCGAAAGAAAUACUACUACCUGUGCGGCUACUGCUUUCCCGCCCUGGUGGUGGGCAUCUCGGCAGCCAUUGACUACCGCAGCUACGGGACUAAGAAAGCGUGCUGGUUGAGGGUGGAUAACUACUUCAUCUGGAGUUUUAUCGGCCCUGUGUCCUUCAUUAUCAUGUUAAACCUGGUGUUCCUCAUGAUAACACUUCACAAGAUGGUCCGUAACUCUUCCGCCCUCAAACCCGACUCCAGCCGUCUGGACAACAUCAAGUCCUGGGCUCUAGGGGCUAUCGCUCUGCUCUUCCUUUUGGGUCUGACCUGGGCCUUCGGCCUCCUCUUCAUCAAUGAGAACACCGUAAUCAUGGCGUAUCUUUUCACCACCUUUAAUGCCUUCCAGGGCAUGUUCAUCUUCAUCUUCCACUGUGCUCUGCAGAAAAAGGUGCAUAAGGAGUACAGCAAGUGCCUGCGUCAUUCUUACUGCUGCAGUCGCACCUCCACUACGAGCUCUCAUGGAUCGCUGAAGAAUUCUGCCCUUCGUGCCAACAACCGCUACUACACCGGCAGCCAGGCACGUCACGCAGCGGUACACAGACAGAGCCGAAUUCGUCGGAUGUGGAACGACACAGUGCGAAAGCAGACAGAGUCGUCCUUCAUGGCUGGAGACAUCAACAGUACUCCGACUCUCAACCGUGGUACAAUGGGAAACCAUCUUCUGACCAACCCCGUACUGCAAACCCGUACAGGAACCUCACCUUACAACACACUGCUGGCUGAAACGUUUACCCCGCCCUCGCCUGGGGUCUUCAACUCUACUGGAACUUUCCGUGACCCAAAGAGCACGCUGUCUAAGAACCGAGACCACGGAGGCAUGGAGACGCUACCUCUGAACGGAAACUUCAACAACAGCUAUUCUCUGCAUAGCGUCGGGGGUUCAGGUGCUCCCGGGGGCAGCUGUGACUUCCUGGGAGGCGGAGAUAGCCCCCCUCCCCUGCUCAACCCCCGCGGUUCAGAAACUCUCGGCGGCAUACGGAGAAACCUCUCGGACGCAGCGGCGUUUGAGAAGAUGAUCAUCUCUGAACUUGUGCACAAUAAUCUACGAGGCGGUGGUGGGGCUGGGGGCGGUGACAGAACGUGUGGCAGCCUGGUCAGAGGACACGGGCAUAUGGGAAUGGGGCGGGGCGGAGGCGGGGCAGAACCGGCGAUAGGCAUGGAGGACGACGAAGACUUUCGUUCGAGAGAAGCACGUCAGCGCACACCACAAGAUGUGGAACUGCUGUACAAGGCUCUAGAGGAGCCCCUGCUGCUGCAGCGUGCCCAGUCCGUGCUCUACCAGAGUGACCCCGAUGAGUCCGAAAGCUACACGGCCGACCUGACCGAGAGUUUGGGCCAUAGUGGUCACAGCGGCCAAAGUGCGGCAGGCCAGGGCCACAAUGGAGCCCCCGAUUCGCCCGCGCGGGACUCUCUCUACACCAGCAUCACCAACCUGCGAGAUUCGCCCUACCCUGACAGCAGCCCAGAGCCGCUAGAGGUGGUUCCGCGCUCGGCCCAGCCUCCGGAGGAGCUGUACUACAGCUCGGGUCGGCCCGCCAUAGGCUCCCGCGGAGCCCCCAUGCAGACCUUCUACCAGGCUCCGCCUAGGAGACCGAGCACUGAAGCCCACCCCGCCCCUGAGCCCCCUCACAGCGAGGGAGAUGGACAGAUGCAGUUGGUCACAAGCCUGUGACCACGAGUAAGAGGUGGAGGUGGAAGAGCGCCACAGGGUCUGAUGCAAAGUGCCGACGGCGGUGAUGGACUCCUCUCCUGUCUCUGACGCCCUCCUUAUGUCUGGUUGCCUUUUUGCUCUUUCAUUUGUUUUGAAGUAAGAGGUAAGGAAAGCCUAAACAGGGAGAGCGACAGAGAGGUUUGUCUCCAUGGCAGCAGGCUCUCUGAAAUGCUGUGUAACCACUCUGCUCUCUCAUCAGCAUCAUUUUCUCCUCCCUCCUCACGCACACACAUAGAGAAACAGCGAGUCCAGCUAUCUGCCUUCUCUCAAUGGACGUCUCUGCCUUCAGCUCCCUCUGCUCCAGAAAUAUCAUCAAACUUCACACCAGGCUUCUAUUUCUGUGUUUCAUUUCAAGUCAUAUCUUUAAAAUGUUACUUUUGCGUAACUCCCUUACCUUCGCUUUCCUUUCUCUGUCUUUCUCCAUCAUUAUUUGAUGAGAGCUGUUGCGUAAUGGGGGUAUGCCAUUAUACUGCAAGUGACAAAAAUCUCUCUGAAAGCUCUUCAGUGUUGCCAAAAAUAACUGUUUUUGAGCCAGGACACAAACUGGAAUCUACACGCACACACACACACGCACACACUCACAGAAGUGCUUGUUACUGAACAUCAAGAGUGUGAACAUAUGCUCAUAAAAAAGGAAAACAAGGACUAUUGUUCAGACACAGGUAGCAGGAAGCUGCCUCAGUGGAGUUGCCUUUAUUUCUCUCUCUGAACUGACUCUUCUGUAUAAAACAACCACAGAGACUGGGAACAGGGAGGGGGCGACGUUAGGACGCAACCCGUCGUCAGCGGGGUCGUUUGAAGCCUUUCGGCCAUGGGACCUCUCAUGAAUAAAACUCUGUAGGGUUUCGUCUCUGAUCCACAGAUGGGGGGGUGGAUUACGGACUGAAACUGCUCUCCGAAUCACUGAUGGAUGUUGUAGGUGGACGUGCUGUAUCACCUGUGUUAUUGUGGCUAGAAGAAUUUUUUUGCUACCGCUCCAGCCAUUCUUCGAGUCCGACCUCUGUACAUACGAACCACACAAACGCGAAAGCAAGUCUUACUCUACUCGUCUCCUGUACAUAGAAGAACAAAAGCAACAAAAAAGUAUCAAAUACUAUGAAAAACAGUUCUUGUACUGCAACAGAAAUCGAAAAAUAAAGAUGUUUUGAAGUUUGUGACCUGAACACCACGCCAGUCUCUCCCUCUCUCUUUCUUUCGCUCUCUCCGGCCCUCGUUCGGUCCUGCCCUGGAGCACCCGCGCUGCCAGGAAAUCUAAUUGUCUGCCAAGAGACAGCGAGAGAGAGACAGAGAGACAGAAAGAGAAGGAUUUUACAUACAAACGAGAUAAAUCCUGGCACAAUUUUUAUGUAAUAUAACCCAUUACAUUGUUGGUAAUGUUUGACCUUCAACAUUCCCAGACAGGAAGCGCUCGACAUGAAUGAAAGGGGAAUACAUUGUGCCUCAGGGGCGCACUGGUGCAUUGUGGGUUGAUUGACAGCAGCCAUAAUGUAGUGUUGGUUAUAUUUUAUCUGGAAGAUGUAAUAGAUAUCAGAUGACUAGAUGAAUAGAAUAUAAGAUAUUUAGGUGAACAAAAAAAAAAUUGAGGGGCACAUUCGGAAAUGUUUCAGUCACAAACCCUAGAUUGUAUUUGACUGUUUUUACAUACCAAUAUCAGCUGUUGUUUCUGAACCUGGUGUGACAGUUGAUUUACGAUUUGUAUGUGUAUGUCUGAACGUGAACAUUUGGAUGCCUGAGAACCAGAGUACGUAUGUGAGCGAGUGUGUAUCUCAGAGGCUAUUUUUACUGGGUUAGAUGGACCCGCAUUAGAAGAACAGGAAGCAGAGUAAAUCUAUAUCUAUAUAAGAGCUCAGUAUAAGCUUCCAUCUAAAAGACUUUGUUAAAGGUAUUUUAAAUGUUGUUUUUCUGCCAGUCAGGUACAAUGGAAACAAAAAACAAAACAGAAUUAGGAUUCAUUGAGCGACAGGAACAUCUGACCAAUGAGACACAGCUUCUGUGGUUUAGAAUUCCCAUAUGCAAAUGAGCUGCAUAGCCUAUUGAACAAAAGAGAGGUAUUCAUGAGUGCUCCGCCCCUCUGAAGUCUGCUCAAUCUUCAAGUCUUUCAUGUCUAAUGUUUUAUUUAUUAAUAUUUAUUUGUCUGUUUUGAUUAUUUAUGCACAUAUUCAUUUAUUCAGUGUGGUUUUCAUUCUGUGUACAGAGCAUAUGUGAGGGUGACGAGAGUGUUCUAUAUUUCGAAGAGCAUGCUAGCAUACUACUAUUGCUGCAGUAUAUACUGUGUAUUUAUUGCACAAUAUGCAAAUUUAGUAAAUUUAGCCAGAAUGAGUGGUAAACAACAGAGGCUGAAUUCUUAAUGGCAUAGUAACUCUUAUGCCAGAAAUAUUAAGAGUAGAAUGCUAGUAAAUAGAAUUCGGUCAGACUAUUUUGUCCCACAAUUCAGAGUGGUUUACUUGACUUUUCAUUUCCGAUGUGAUGGAUGAACCAACCUUUUUUUAAUCAGAUUGGACUGCCAAAUAUACACUGUAUACAAUGCAGCAGGUAAUAAGCUAGUAUGCCAUUCCAAACAUAGCCAUAAAAAGAAAGAGAGAGAGCAGGGGUGAAUAUCCAUGUUUAAUGUCACAGGAAGAGGUGAUGUCAAAACUACACAAGUCUGCUGCACCCACUGUCAAAUGUGGAGAACAUUGUGCAUUCUGAAUCAAUGUCCUAUCAUUCAAUCCAAGCACCAUCUGCACUCUCUCUUUCUCUGUCUCUCACUCCUGUAAGUCUUCUAAGGGGACGUGUGUGCAAUCCAUUGCAUGGUAACUUGUACUGAUUGACACAGGGUCAGUAUGUUUGCCGGUGUGCUGGCCAGUAGGUGGUUAGUACAUCCGGCCCUAUAUUUAGCCCGAGGCAUGUAUGAUCAGCUUUUCUUUAAAGCAAUGACCUGAACAUUUUUUUUCUUGCUUUUCUUGCAAAAAUAUUCCAUGUUGAUGAGUAGGACCAGCUUCAACUGGUCAGCAGGUUUGACCGUUUGAAUGUAUUGUCAUACACCAUUGUGAACUGGCUCUUAGAGCUUAGGAUGCCCUCUAAGGAGAUCUGCUCCUGACUCAUGGCCCUCUGCCCACCUGGCACCACACCGCUGCUGUUUUACCCCCUUAUACCCUGCUGCACCGGCCCGUGGGAGAGGCUGUUUACCUCUCUCCCUCCAUCCCUGGAGACGUCCGAUGUGCGUCACGUUUUGUGCAUUGCUCCUUUUUGUGCCCUUGCUCGGUUUUGUUUCCUAUCUACCCUUCCUUUGCAUUCCGUGUUCUUCCCAUUCCCGCUUAGCUCGCCGAAAUGUUUUUACAUGGCUUUCCUAGCUGAGCAUUAAUGUGGGAAGAUUUGUUAUGUUAGUCAAAGGCUUUGUUUACAUGGGACUGAAAGGAUAAUAUAGUACAGUGUUGAAUAUGGUGAUAAUGACAGUGAUUAUGCGCCGUAGUAAACUGCUAGACUAAAGCCUGCUCCUAGGGACUGCUACCACCUCCAAAAUCCCCAUACAACCCCUGAUUAUCAUAAUAAUACUAAGAGCUAUAAUCUAGCGGAGUCAACCCACCAUGCUCCCGCUCUCUGGGUUUCUCCCUUUGUCUUUCCCCCCUCUCGCUCUUUGAGAGCACUUGUGUUCGCUGUUCUUUAGAUAUGAAAGGAGUCACCCUGAUCCGCUCUCCAUAUCAGCCUCGUUUUCAUGUCUUCACAUUCAAAUGGAAAGCCAAAGAGUGCAUGAGUAGACACCGGAUGACUAGGCCCAGACAGAAUCUGCUGCUUUUUUCCUCAUUUUCAUGCGGAAUGAGUUUAAAAUGAUGAAAUGUGUUCAGUUGAGCUCAGAGUGCUACACUUUUAUUGGUAGCUGAAUAAAUUUUCCAAAAUAUGAAAAGAACCCCUGAAAUCGAUUGACGAAUACAGUUUUUCUUUUGCUUUUUUGACACAGGUCGGUCCGGAUGUAACUUUAAUUUUUAUGUAACCAGUAGCCUUUAGUUUGUAUCAGUCAACAACAAUGAUUAGCUGACAGGUAGAAUUAGGACAGGGGUAGGCAAGUUUGGUUCUAGAGAGCCGGUGUCCUGCAGAGUUCACCUCCAACCCUGAAAAAACCUCACUUCUCUGAAGCCUUAGCAAAGCCAAUAGAAGGCAAGCCUGCAACCCUUAGCCAAAAAAGUGUAAUGGUUAAAGCUAACGCUUCCGGUUUGGGAAAGGAGACCAGAGGCCGUUUUCUUUGAAUGGAUGUCAAUGGAGGAGAGGCCUUACUACACUAAAUAAAUAGAUUUUUAGAGGAAACAGCCUAACAUUUAAUGAAUUUAUCACCUAUUGGCUAAUUUUCAACAUGUUUUACACUAAACAAUACUUUUGGAUUUAACUAUUUUUAGAGUUUACACCGAAAAAAUCAUUGACUUUUUGCGACAGGGGAGGUUCAGCUUAUGGCACUUCCCAUUCAUUCCCAAGGUAUCCAUAAACGGUGAUUGAGUGUCGCUCAUUCAGUGUCGUUAAGCAUGUAAUGUAAUCGGUCAUCAAGGCACAUGUGAUCCAAGUUGACCAUUACGCUUUCUCCAAUAGUACAGACUCUCUCAUCUCCAGUAAUAGGACAGUCUCUGCCCUCUGAAGACAUCUCUGAAGACAAUCUCUGAAGACAUUGAUUAGCUUGUUCGGGUUGAAGCUAAACUCUGCAGGACUCUCUAGGACCUAACUUGUCUACCCCUGAAUUAGGAGGAAGAACAUUCCAAUUCCAGUAGAAGUGUCCAAACCUGCACAUGGAGAUCUACCUGCAGAUUUCAGUUCCAUCCCUGCUCCAACACACUUGGCUAAAAUUAUCAAACUCUCCUAAGGAUCCUAGUUAGCUGGUUCAAGUGUAUUGGAUCGGGGUUGGAGCUGAACUUUGCAGGAAAGAUUGACAGUAGGGGUGUCCAAACUUGGUCCUAGAGAGCCACUGUCCUGCAGAGUUCACGUCCAUCCCUGAAAAAAACUCACCUGCCUAUAGCCUUAGUAAUCCUAAAGACAUUGAUUAGCUUGUUCAGGUGUGUUUGGUUAGGGUUGGAGAUAAACUCUGCAGGACAACUUGUCUACUGCUGAAUUAGGACGAAGAAAAUUCCAAUUCUAGCGUAGAAGUUCUGAAACCUGGAAAUCUUCCUAUGAGCAAAUUUCAGUUUCAACACUGCUCUAACACACCUGUCUCUAAUUAUCAAGUUUUCCUGUAGAUCUUUGUUAGCCGGUAUUGUGUAUUGGAUCAGGUUGAAUUCAGCUGAGUUUUACAGAAAGGAGAGCCACUGCAGAGUCCUGCAGAGUUUAGCUCCAACCCUAAUUAAACACACCUUCCUGGAAGUUUCUAGUAUGCCUAGUACGGCCCUGAUUAGCUUUUUCAUGUGUGUUUAAUUGGGUUUCAGCUAAACUCCGCAGGACAGUUGCCCUCCAGGAGUCGGAUUAGACACCUCUAAUCUACAGGAUCAGGUUUAGGCACCCUUGUUCUUUGAUUAGACAAAAAAUGUGUACGUGCCCAUGGGUGAAGGGGCAUUUGAACAUUUAAAAGAUGUACAUCAUCUAAAAGACCAAUGUUUAGGAGUACACGACUAUUUGACGUAGACAAAAAGUCUUAAAAUUGUCAUUUGUAUGUCUUGGGGUCUUUAAUAAUGGAGCUCAAGGGACUGGAGAUGUCUUAAACUUUAAGAUUUGUAUUCCAGUUCUGCAGAAAUCCCGUUUUCCGCAAGCACAGAUUCUGUAUGGGCCUGAGACUGAGAGGAACUAUGAAAGGUCCUCUUUUCAGACACCAGUCUCUUGUCCCUCUCCACAUAGGUGCCAUCGCACUGGCCUGCACUCCUGUGAUCUGACAGUCUGUCACCUUGCUGUCAACCCAAUCCUCAGCUGGGGCUUGGCACCAGAGAGUCAGAGUCAUGACCUCUGAUCAUGAGCCAUCCCCCUCUGUAGCACAGGAGCUUCGCUUUUAGAGCCACAUGUUGACUUGAUGUCCAGAUACUAGGAUAGAUAUAAUAAAAAAAGAGAGAGAGAUAUGACCAAGUCAUUCACUGCUGUCAAAACAACAUGAAGCAUCAGCCCAGGGCAAAGCACCCCACCUGCUCGGCCACACCGCGUCUGACAGGAAAAGAGAGCCCCUGGAGUUAAAUGACAUGUUUUAUUGGGAUCCCUCAGCUGCUGAGCGAUCAACACCUUCCUGUAACAUGGAAGCAUUUUAACACCACCACAGCCACCGAACGAAGGACAAUCCUGAUAGAGCUUGCUUACACCCUUUUCCAUCAAAAUGGUGCUUGUGUUAGAAAGAUGUGUGAGUGUCUUUUACAACUGGCCCACAUUUCUACAGACUUGUACCUAACUGUUACUACGUAACCUGUCUGUAAACAAACAGUGCUUUUACAUCUUUUAAGUUGCAGUCACAUUUACCUUCGAAACAUUUCACAGACAAAAUCCAGUCAUUGAAAUGGGAAUUGGUGCACUUGGGAAUUUUGCAUAAGAACAGAACAUUUUCUCAUGCAGAUUUAGUAUGGAUUUUAGUAUAGAUUUAGAAAUAGGUGGAAAUUUUGUGAAUGUUACCACACAUUUAGGGCCAGUUUUACUGACCGUUUGCAGCAGCGCAAACCGUCUUUUGGCGUUAAAAUAGUACUGUCAAGAAUUAAGAAGCACAGUGGUGCACAGGGAAGAAUUAGCGCUGAAAAGGCGUAGAUGCAGUUAUUUUUGCGCCUGACCUUACUGAAUAUGCAUUUGUAGGUGUUUCUCUCUCAGAUGCAAAAUUUGGAAGAGAGUAUUAAAAUGAAUCUUGGAAUGUGUUUUACUAACAGUUGCACUCGUCAAAUUACUUAAGCAUUUCUUAAAGCAGGUGGUAAUGCUUAUUAUGGAAAUAAUCUGGCUGUGUCUGUCCUUUAAUGUGUGCGUUGUUAGUAAAAUCACAUGCAGAAUUUUACCCUCCCAUUUGCGCUUUUAUGGAAUUGCGCUCUAACGCUAAUUUGCUGGCCCUUAUUCUUGUAAUUUUUUUACUUUCCAUAAAUUCAGCGUCUUAAGACAUUUGCGAAUUAUAGCAAUAAGAUACAAAAGACCAUGCACUACAUGAAGCAGAGUGCCUAGAAUUUUUCUAAUCGUGGUAAAAUUACUGUAAAGCACAGGCUUGAGUGCUUACUGUGGAAAAUUACAGCAACAGCAAUAUGAUUAAAGAUAAUUAGUUCAGAAUAAAUAUUUCUGACGCUAAAUAAUAUAGUUCAACUCAAUGCAAUAAUCUAAGUGCAAGAGUAUCAGCAUAUUACAGCAAAGUUGAAACUAUCGGUUUUAAUAAAAUCAUUUCGAAUUGACAGGGAAAUUACAAUUAUUAUAGGCUUUUAAGCAUGACAAAAUGACAUUUUUGGUUAGAGAUUUAAGGGGCGGUUGUGGAGCCCAGAACCACCUUUUUUCUUCAAAGGAAAUGUGUGGAUUGGGCCAGAUUGGGCACCAGCACCAUGUUGGUGGAAAGGGGGUAACUGUCACAAACAGAGAGGGAACAGGCACAGAGCUGUUAAACUGACAUCUACACACUAAUAAUGUAGUAUUAUUUGGUCUCUUGGAGAGUGUCUGUGCUAGAAACAGCACCUGUACUGUAGUUUUGAGAAUAUGUUAGACUGUGACAUGAGCCCAG